AUGUCCAGCCAGCAAUUCUGGACCCAAAUAGUCGCGGCCCUCGUCUUCGCAAACAUCCAGCAUGCAGUCCUUUCCUCAGCCUGCCACUACCCCUAUUUUCUUCCACUGAUGGUGCAUUUGAAGCGACACCUGCUCACCACACGGAUGCUUGCACUAGCAGUUCUGGCUGGAUUGACAUGGGCGACAACGCUACUGCUGUACCAGCAGCUUUCAUUCGCAUACCGACGCAUGUACGCCGCCGACAAGGGGCUCAGCGGCCUGGCGAUACUAUUGCCGGUCACAAACAACACAGAUAUGCAAUUCUACCACAACAUGUGGGUCGGGGACUACCUUCACCCCGUCUGCGAUUUUGACGGACCUGGAUGCAGCAUUGUUUGCAAUCGGAGCUCGACGUACCAGACACUAGACAAGAAGACCAUUUGUUUUUCGCGCGCGAUCCAGCAGGGCUUCAGCGACACUGAGUUUUUCAUCAAGCUCGAUGACGACGCCCUUGUUGAUCGAGACUAUAUCCACCACCUUAUGCGCAGGUAUCGUGGCUACCGGCAGCCGCUGUACAUUAGCGACUUCAUCCUGAAUCUGGACCACCGCAACUCGGUUUUAGACGGGACUUACUACGGCAACGGCAAGUUCUACAUGUUCAACCGCAAGCUGGUGGAGUGCAUGGACACGGAUAUUGAUUACCGCGGACGGCGGAACGAAGAUGCAGUGUUUGGGUCCAUGGUGCAUAGGGGAUGCGGCAAGAGCGUCACACGGGUUCUGGAGGACGACGCAAAGAUCUGGCACAAAACCUACCAGAACAAAAACAAGUUCAUCGAUCUAGCAGCACUGAAAACCCACUGA